AUGUCACAAUCAUCGAUUAUGCCCCGCAGCGUCUCCUUGACGGGUGCUGUUGCCACGCUUUCCAUGCUUGCCUACGCUGCUUACUUCGACUAUCAAAGAAGAACGAAUCCAAAUUUCAGGAAGCAACUGACCAAGAGGGCGAAGUUGCAAGAGAAGCAGAAGAAACAGGACGAGGAGGACCAGAAGAAGGCCAAAAUCACGGACUUAACUCUAUUCUUGACCAACCAGAUUGCCAAGGAUCCGAUCCCAACUGACCCUGCCGUGAGGGAGUCCACCUUCACAAGUAGCGUGGAACAAGGGGAGGCGUUGACGAACGUUCCUGACAAAGAAAAGGAGGCUGCCUUCAAGUUUUACAAAGCUCUGACGGUCUAUCCCAACCCUGCAGAUCUUUUGGGGAUAUACCAAAGGACCAUCCCAGAAGCUGUGUACGAGAAUAUCAUCUUGAUGGUAGCUGUUCUGCCGCCGGCCAAUAUGUCCACUUUCCUGAAAGGUGCCAGCAAUCUACAAAGCAGUGACGAACAGGAAUUGGUGGGGAAAGUCUCCGAUGUUGAAUGA